GAGAGAGGCGGGGCAGCAGAAAAUUCCCAAGGAGCAGCUCCUGGAGAAAUUCGCCCGCUUCGACGAUGGCGGCUGGGCGCAGCUGCUCGCGGAAGCGCGACCGGGCCUGCAGCGCAGACUGGGGCAAGAGAGGGGCAGAGCGCCGGACGAGAACGAAGAGCUCCGCCGCCGCUGCGAGAGGGCCCGCAAGCUGAUCCGCCUCGGCGAGGUCUCAGCUGCACGAGAGCACUUGCAGACGCUGCUGGAAGACGGACACUGCUGCGACCUCCAGCACUACGCCGCCACACUCCUCGCGAGGGCGGACGUCCCAGGCCCCGUGGCAGCGGCCCUCUGGCAAGGCCGGCUCACGGCGCUGCGCAAAAGCAACGGGAGGGUUCGUGGCAUCGUGACGGGCGACGUUUUCAGGUGGCUGGUGGUGGCCCGCACGCGCAACAGCAUGUGCGCCAAGCCCCGGGCUAACUUCUUCCUGAGGGCUCUGGAUCCCGAGGACACGGCCGCGUUCGCUGCGGCCCACGACGACAACCUGACCAAAGCGCUCGCCGACCUGCUCGCAGAUUGCUCACCGAUGCUCCACGAGCGCUGCCUCCAGCUGACGGGCCCGAUCUGCAGGGCGCUGAGCGAGCUGGGCCGAGUCCCGCGGACGGAAGCUCACCGGUGCCUCCUGCAAGCCAGCAGGGCGAGGCAGCACGUCGCAGCGCACGGCUUCGCCGCACCAGACUGGCACGACCUGGCGCGCGGCGCCCGGCCGCCGCCGACGCGCGAGCGGGAGCACGGCGAGUGGGCGCACGGCUGGCCGCUCUGGUCUGCCAGAGUCCGCGAGGAGGCCAGGGGCAGAGUCGCAGAGAACCAUCUCCUGCGAGGUCUGAACGUGGACGGCAUCGACCCCCGCGACGGGCGCACGCCCGAGGUCAUCGCUAAUGGCCUGCAGCCGCGGGGCGGAGCUCAGCUGGCGAUCGACGCGACCUUGGUGUUGCCCGUCCGAGCGGACGGCACCGCGCAGUGGUCAGAGGAAGCCCUGACCUUCGUCCGGCUGCUUGCCAGGACCAAGGCCCGCAGCUCGCCGCAGCGCCUCCAAGCGUCUGCGCGGGCGGCGUACCUGCACCGCUGGACCGGCCUGGCCGUGGUCGCAGCCCAGAGGGCUUUCGCGGCCACGCUCCUGGAACUGCCGCCACACGCGAUGGCCGUCGGCGGCGACGAACCGCACUUACCCGACAUCCUGACGGACGCCCGCUACACGGAGACGAUAAGCACGAGCGCCCAGACGAUAUGGAGCAGCGGCAAGAAAGCGGCGUACAGCUGCACCGCGAAGCCGCCAGAGCCGCUGCUGGCGGCGAUGGCCGCGGCGCACGCCGCCCUCGAGGCCGCGGCAGAACAGGCUGCGCCGCCCGACCUGGACGCGGAGCUCGGCAGCGCCCGGGGCGCGGGCAGCUGGGCGGACGACCUGGAAGAAGAGCAGCUCCGCGCAGAGGAAGGAGGCCGCAGCCGCCGCGCGCACUGCCUCGCCCCCGCGCCCGCGCAGCCGCAGCCGCAGCCACUGAGGCGGCGCUGCGGCUACGCCGACGUGCGGGUCGGCGAGGCCAGCAACCCGGGGCCGCCGGCGGAAGGGCCGCUGCCCUACUCCACCUGCCCGGAGCCGCUGCGUGCAGUGCGGCCCUUGCGCGGCGAGACCGGGGCCUGCGCUGGCUGCCACGGGGGGGCCGGGCCAGGAGCCGUGUUUUCGGCCGCCGCCGCCGCCGCCGCCGUCGCUGGCUGCCGUCCGCGGGACGUCGGGCCCGCAGCGGCCAGGGCAGGGGUGCUCAAGAAGAGAUCCACCCCAUUGGAGAAAGCGGCUGCACGUAUCUGCCGCGAGGCCGGGGGCCGAGUCGCAGAGAACCAGCUCCUGCGAGACCUCAACGUGGACGGCGUCGACCCCCGCGACGAGCGCAAGAUCGAGGUCAUCGCGAACGGCCUGCCGCUCUGGGGAGGAGCGCAGCUGGCGAUUGACGCGACCCUGGUGUCGCCAGUCCGCGCCGACGGCACCGCGCAGCCCAGAGCCGCGGACGAGGACGGA